AGGGACGCCACCGCCGCCGUCACCUUCACCGUCACCAGCCAUUCUUACACGGUGGCCAUGAACCAUCUGUCGGGUUACACGUCGAUCAAGACCACUCCCCCGACCACGAAGGAGGAGUACGGGUUCGUGUUGCCUCAAGCGGCCAUCGCGACCACCUGUCAGAGUCCGAAGAAACGAGGUCGGCAACAGGCGU